AUGGACUGUAUUAAAAAGCAAUUCGAAACUCUGGGUAUCAACCACCAGAGCGACAUAACCGCAGAAGAACAACGCCACCCAAACAACAAACACGAGCGUGACGACCGUCACCAUAAUCUCUUCCUCAACGGUAAGCCCGAAGGAAGAAGCAAGUUUCAGCACCGUGAUCUCCGUCACGGCGAAUACCAUCAUCUCUGUCACCCUCAUCGGAACCCUCACCGCUACCGCCGUAGCCAACUUCCUAACGACACGGAGAUGGCUCCCGAGGAAGGAAACUCCCCAUCGCACCCUCACCACCAGCGUCGCCCGCCCCAGAAGAACCAUCGCUAUAGCGGGAGCAAAGUUGACAGCGAGCAAUACUACCACAACCCCUUCUAUUACCGCACUCACCGUAACCGCGCCAAUCACCUCAAAAACGGCGGCGACACCUCCGGCGGCUUCUCUUUCAAUCACGAGGCACUCGACAAUUCCGAAAUCCUCUACGAGAAUAUAGACGAUCCCAUGGUCUCGGACUCGGAUAUUCCUCAGUUCCACAUCCCUCGGCGAAAAGACAAGAAGAAAGAGGAGGACAAUUAUCCCUUGUACCACCAGACGUACCUGCACCCCCACCACCGCGACCCCCCACGCGGCCGCGAUAGACGACCGCGCCCCAACACGAACAACCCCUGGCCACACCCCGUGCCACCACCACCGCUAGUGCCGCAAACUGCUGCCCUAUCCUCAUCAACGACCUCGAGUCAACAGAAGCUCAGCAGAAGAAAGGAGCCAGUCACGAGACGCUUCUCUGCUACAACAUCAACAGGGUCACCUCACCUCCCCCGCAGCCGACAGAUUCCGCUGCACUAUGUGCCUGGUCACGAGCCACCCAAUAGCGAACUCGAUACGACGACAUCUUCGCCGCCCCCACCACCACCACAAGGCCGUCGACGCCGACUUUCGCCGCCGCUAUUUCCCCUGCCCGCCCCCACGACGACUGUGGAUGGCGGAUCGGUGCUGAUGGCGGGCAGGGGCGAGAAGAGGUCGGCCGGGGUGAAGAGGGGCGACAGGAGGGACUACAACGACAAGAUCAGGGACCAGACCUCUGGCGGCCCGCUCGCGUCAGACUCUCCUUCUCCGAUCCGUUCCUUCGUGCCUGAUGGUUACGAAGAAGGCGCGAGUGAUGAACUUCUUCCGCCCGAACCGACGGAGAUCAACGGAACAGAGUUGUCGUUGUCGGUGCGGAAGAGGAACGGCGCCGACAGUGGAGGGGGGGAUGGGAGUCUGAUCUACGACGGUGGCAGCGGGGGGUAUGAUGAAGAGGGCUAUGAGGGAUAUGGGUAUGAGUACGUCGGGCCGAACUAUGAUGGCGAAGAGGUGAUUGUGGUGGGCGGGCGCGGAAAGGGGCAUGAGGAGCUUUGGAGUCCAGGGUGGGAGGUCAGCAGUGUCCGUACUUUCAGCGACGGCGGCGGCGGUAAGAGGGACAACGACGAAGAGGGUACGAGUGAACUCAUUGGGGGCGGUAGUGGGCGCGGGCGUGGGUUCUUCGAUUACGCAAGGGCGAGGGCCAGGAGGAAGGGGGAGAGAGUAAGGGGAGCGACGGGUCAUCAAGUCUCUGGUUUGGGCGACGAUGAUGGUGAGUCUUACCACUUUGGACGAGGUGGAUUCGAGACCGCCGGCCGCGGCGGUGGAUGGGAGACCGAGCCAGAGCAAUAUCUAUUCGACGAUGAAGAUUUUGGCGGAGGUGUUCCAAGGGGGUGGUUGCCAGGACGAAUCGAGCGUGUCGAUUAUGAGCAUGGCGAGGAUGAACGUGCGAGAGACAAGCGCAAGUAUCGCCGCAAGAAGCACAGCGACAGCAAUCGCACCUCGACCCCGCCAGCACUUCCAAAUGGAAAGGUUAUGGGAAGAGAGGAUGGAAAGGAGAAGGAGAAGAGCUAG